AUGACAUUAAAAGAGAACGAAAGGGUCAUCCUCACAGUCUUGUACACCAUCACAAUGCUCGUAGCAUUUGCAGGGAAUGGUUUCCUCAUCUACAUCGUGUGGAAAAAACCUGAAGUAAGAUCACUAACAAGCUUCAUGUUCGUCAACAUGGCCAUCGCCGAUUUGCUGGUGGCAUUGAUUGUGAUGCCCUGGUCGAUUGCCCACAUCCAUACAGACGGAUCGUGGAUGAUACCGGGUGUAUUUGGAGAAGUCAUGUGCAAAGGUGUAGUAUACAUUGCCUAUGCUACAUUAACAGCGUCCAUCCUCUGCCUGACAAUCAUAGCAAUGGACAGGUACUGUACCAUAGUUCAUCCCCUCCGCCGCAAUCUUUGGUUCCGAAAGCCUAAACUGACUGUACCGUUUAUUUGGAUCUUUUCGCUGGCUUCGAUGUCCAUUUUUCCAGCUAUUCAAACCGUGGAGGAAAUAGGUAAACUUUCCGUGUGCUCGUUAUCCGUUUAUAUUUUGGGUGAUCCAUAUAUGGCUAUCCGAGGGCUAUUCCUCUACCUUGUGAUUCUCAACUAUCUGAUCCCUUUGAGCGUUAUUUCAUUUCUGUAUAUUAUCACUGCAAGGAAGUUAUGGUUUCAUGCUGCACCUCGAAAUGAACAUUCGACUGAAAAUCGAGAGCAACAGGAAACUUUAAAGAGGAGAGUGGUUUGGAUGCUCAUCAUAGUUACCUCCACUUUUGCCCUUUGUUGGCUCCCACCACAGGUGAUCCAUCUGAUGUAUGUCAUGCAAGCAUGGAAUAUUGAGGUUAAUCUUCAGCCAAAUGUCACGUUUGUUUGUUUUUGGUUUGGUCACGCCAACAGCGCCAUCAACCCAUGGCUUUACAUUUUCCUGAGCGCCAAGGUCAAUACGGCAUUUAUAAGAAUAGUGAGUAAAAGAAACCGCCAGUCGCCUCCGAGUCAUAGCAUCAUAACAUCGAAUGCUUUCUUACCAACUGAACAGGAAGCUGUCGAGGAAGAAUCAAGGCUGUAAUCUUUACCAUAAUUUCUAAUAUUAAUGACCAAUUUGAUGUCUAAAAGAGAAAGAAAUCUCGUCACCAACUGAACAACUGUGCACCUACCCCUCCCCUGACCCAAUAUCAACUCUUACUUGUCAUCAAUUGUCUUUUUUUGGGCUGGGGGAGGAGUGGAUGCAUAGUGCCUUAGA